ACCAUAAGAAGACGUGAAUACUGGGAUAUCCCAGUCUGCCCCCUUCGAGGAUUGCAUCUGCGACCUGGAGAGCAUGCAAAUGUGGCCAUCCGAUAUGGACAGUGUCGCCCGCUCCAUGAUGUUGUAUGGACAGGGCGAGGAGACCAAUGGGUCACCCAGAUUGUUUACGGUGCACGAUCGAGGGCUGUAGCGAUAAAAGUGGUCAACGUUUGGACCGAGAUUCAGAUUAUUCAGGAGGACGCAUUAUCCGCGAAAGCGAGGGUGCGUCAUGAAGCCUAUGAACAGAUGCUUUGGGAUGCGGCUCCACCUGCAGUUUUUGUUUCCAAGUACAAAUGGACAACAAAAUUACUAGUGAGGCCAAAGGAACCUGAGCCAGCCCAGGUUACGAAAAUUGUGGAAGAAUUGCACCCGCAAAGAGACACCGAUGGCGUGGAAUUAGCUGAGGAUGCUAUGCUUGGGGCAUACUCCCCGAGCGUGAUUGGUUUGCGUAUGGCUGUUGAAGUUUCGCCUGAACUUGUCACCCUGGAUGUCAACACCCAGGAUAGCGGAGAGGUUGCUAAUUCGGGAUCCAGCAGAGACGUCUUAGACGAGAUGGCUCAGGGAUCUGAAUGCGACGCAUUACAGGAUGACCCGAGUAUCGAAGACGAGGAAUUCGGAUUAUCUUCUUCUGCCGUACCCGGAACACUGCUCGCAAGAAUUGAUGCAGCGUAUACCAGGUGCAUGCGAGUGAGCGGUGAGGAACACGAUUUAGAACCAGCGGUUUAUAUUCAUAAAUGGGGUGAGCAUAUGUCUCAGUUGACGGAUCAGCUGGUUAUGCUACCCGACGUAGACGACCUCUCUCCUGAAUGUGAUAUCGAGGGGGUUGAUGUUGGAGAACCUUGCGAGAGUACGGAGACUCAGGAGAGACCGUUGAAAACCGUCCUGAAAAGACAUAGGAAUAUUUUCUUAGGUGACGGAAAUGCUGCCCCGCCUCCGGCGAGGGGUGUCAUCUGUGAUUUAGAUAUGGGUGAUGCCAGGCCAGUUGCCCAACAACCCGAUCGGUCGGUCUGCACUUCAAUCAAGGUGUACAAGUUGCUGAAGAAGCUCCUGGAAGCUACCCUGAUCGAACACUCUAAGUCGCCAUGGGUAUCCCCAAUUGUGAUCGUGCACAAGAAAAACGGAGUGGAUAUUUGA